GGGCACACGGGGCUCGGGCCCAGCGUGGGGGCGGGUCCGAGGCGGGGGGCCCAGAACAGGAGCCGCACACUGGGGCCCAGGCGGCUGCGGAGCGGAGCGCAGCGGGCGACGGGACUACCACAGCCCUGCUGGCCAUGAGCUCGGGAUCCGAGCCCCGGACACCCCCGACACCCUUCAGCAUCGCAGACAUCCUAGGCCCGCGCGUGGUUCCCCGAGGACCCUCUGCGUCACAGCUUUCAGAGUCGAGCCCGGGUCCCACGUCGCCGCUGUGCGCGCUGGAGGAGCUGACUAGUAAAACUUUCCGCGGACUUGACGGACACGCUCCGCAGCCCUCUGCAGGCCGCGCCGCCCCGGGCGCUCUGAGCCUUGGCCCCGCCGGCCGCCGAAGGCGAAAGUCACGCACGGCGUUCACGGCGCAGCAGGUGCUGGAGCUGGAGCGGCGCUUCGUCUUCCAGAAGUACCUGGCGCCGUCGGAGCGCGACGGGCUGGCAGCGAGGCUGGGCUUGGCCAACGCGCAGGUCGUCACGUGGUUCCAGAACCGGCGCGCCAAGCUCAAGCGCGACGUGGAGGAGAUGCGCGCCGACGUGGCCUCGCUGCACGCGCUGUCCCCCGAAAUCCAGUGCCGCCUCGCGCUACCCCACGGCGCCCCAGGCCUCGGCCGGCCGGAUUCCGGGCCGCACCUGUCAGACGAGGAGAUACAGGUGGACGAUUGAAGGCAAAGCCGCUUCCAGGGCUCGGGCCGUGGAUUUCUCGCCUCGGCGCUCUUGUCCGGUUACCCCGUGGAGGGAGCGCGUCGAUCUGGGCCUCUUGGGCUCACAGACCAGACGCCCGCCUUUCCCAAUUGUUGAGAAUAGAGUCGAGACUCCGCCACACCAGGCCUCGGUCCUGGCGCCCGGAGCAACAGGAGCAAAAUCUGAUUACUGCGCAGAUUCCGCGCUCGGCGCUGUGCCGAGCCUUUAAACGCGAUGUGUCCUUUAACCCUCAUAGCAACUCCGUCAGGUAGGUGAUAUAAUUGUGCCCGUUUUACAAAGGAAGAACCCCUAGGUCAGGAUUUGGACCUAGGCAUCCAGCUAGGCUUCAGAACCGGUGCUUGUCAGCCCCCUGCUCUGGAGACUCCCGGCUGAGGGGAAGCGGAUGGGACUCUAGCUGCGGCCACCCCUCCGCUACUGGCUGCCUUUGGUCGCAGGACUGUACCGGGCCUUUGAUCCGCCGCUGCCUGGGAGACAUUGCUUCUAACCUCUAGGCCGGCUCCAGAGGGACCACGUCGUGCCCGUCUCUUUCUUCUUUCCCCACCCUGAGGUCAUUUGUUAAUGGGGUCCUGACCCUUCUCCCCACUUCCGCCGAAAGAACCCUACGCUGAGACAGGCGCGCAGGGAGAGGGACAAACCUCUACUUCUGGGACCUCCGCCCUGCACUUGGGCGAGGAAAGUUCCCACCAGGAUGGUAGCGGUGGCGGGACAGUUGGGGAGGCUGGCGGGCCUGCUGAGGCAGAGCUUGGAGGAGAGGCCGCGGGGUGGAGACCCCAGUCCACCCCUCCUCCCCCAACCCCGUGGACAUUUCUGAGAUUAAUUUAUUACGCUGGUGAUUAAUCACCCUCCUGCAGUGUGGUGGGGAGGGAAGGGGAGCACUCAGUAGCUACAGGCUGUCCCCAAGCCCAGCCACCCCACCCAUCUUCGGGAGACCAGGCUUAGGCGCCUUUCCUGCUUCCCCUCGCGCUCUCUCAGUCCUUCCUCCCUCCUCAGAUCUUCCCAUGCUUCUGCCCAGAAGCCACAACGAUGAUCUGGGAAUAAUCCAUCCAGGGUUCAAGGAGGGUCAGCUGGGACCUCAGAUGCAGGUGGAAGUCCCAGGAGAGGAUAUUUCAGGGAGGGUGAACAAGGCUGGAAGGCAGAAGGGAACCUGGCAUUUUCAGACAGCAGCUACCACUUACUGAACACAGUUCUAAGUGCUUUGCAUGGAUUAAUCUUCACAAUAACCCCAUGAGAUAAGAGAGUUUAACUUUAAGGAUAAGGAGACUGAAUCACAGAAGCCCAAGGAAACUUGGUCAAGUCAUGAAGCUUGUAAGUGGUGGGGCUGGGAGUAACCUGCUUGCUUGUCAGACUCAGGAGCUCAUGCUUCUGGCCAUUACAGGUUCUGUCCCUGUAACUGUGACUGGGCCUAAUUGAAAGAAGAAAAGGGUUUACAGAGAGAAGAGAGGACACGGGACCAAAGGUAGGAAUUUAGGCAUUGUACUGUAGACAGAGCCUGGUCCUUGGAGGAUUUUGAGGAGAGGCAUGAGAGCAAUGUUUAGGGCAGGCUAAUCUGGCUGCAUGUGCAGGGUGGACCAGAGACUGGCAGGGACCUUAGGAAGGUGUAUCUCUGGCUACUGCAGAAGGUAAGAGCUGAGAGAAUUAAGGGCCAGAUGUGGAGGAGGAGGGAGGUUGUUCCAACAGAGGAAUAUUCCCCCAGUGACCGAAGAUUGCAUGAGUCAAUGAUGACCUCACAAACCUAGGCAACUGGAAUACAAGUGGCAUCUUGCAUAGAAACACACAAUGUCUAUUAGUGUAGAGCUAAGAAUCUGUCAGCCAUUAUGUACAAAAAGUAUUCCUUGCACCUGUGUUGCCUCUUCGGCACACAUAUCUCCCCUGGUGCCUGUUCAAGGUCCUUUCCCUGUUCCCUUGAUCCCUCUGUAAAGCCUGCCUCUCUGGAACCUUUAGAUUAGGGUGAGCAACUCAUUCCUGUUUGCCUAGGACCUUCCCAAUUUUUGCACUGAAAGUCCCACACCCCAGGAAAUCCCUCAGUCCCAGGAAAAACCAAGAUGCUUCCAGCUCUGGGGACUCAGAACUCAGGCUGCUGCGUCAGAACCCUACCAGUUAGCAGUGUGAACGUGGGGCAAAAUGGGAGCAAGGUGUCAGGAGUCCUUUGGCUGUUGGAGAAAAUUCAAGUCCAGCAUAGGCUAAGAGGUACUGAGGAAGGGACAUUUCUUUGAGAGGCUGGAAGGGCAAGGAGCCAGCUCAGCCUGAAAGCAGAGACACCACACAAUAGUGGUGGGUAGCCAGGAGCCCUAGUGGAAUCCCCAAAGCAGAGAAGUAAUCCCCUAGCCCAGAACAAGAAGGCCAGAUGCACUGGCCUCUUAUGGAGUCACUGAUGUAAUCAUCCCCUAAACAAACACAACCACCUCUCCUCAACCCCACUCCCCAACCAGGCAGAAGCAAAGAACUCCUGGGGCCAAUAAUUCUAGUUAGGAAGGUAGGGUCCGGGGGAGUUAACUGACUCUGAGCCAUAACCCUCUUCCACUUGAGGCUUCCUAAAUUCUAGCCCAGUGCUGCCGCCUCUUGUAAUCAAGCCCCAGAUAAACAAAACUCAAAUCGGUAUCACCAAAA